GAAUAAAAAAAAUUGUAGUGCAGUUCAAUGCAGCAAUAAAUAACAAAUAAUCUAAUGCAACGCGAGCGAGCACAAAACGAAAUUAAAUACGUUUACUCUUCCCCGUCUUUUCGUCGUAAAAGGCGUGCGACUCUUAUUUCUGGCCGCGAUCAACGUGUCGCGGUUUUGCGUAACCGGGAGGACGAGUUUUUUUAAACGUUCCUCUUCUUUUUCCUUCUUUCCUUUUUCUUUUUUUCUUUCCCACCUCAUUUAAUUGAAUUCCCUGUCUCUCCGUCCCCAGGCCAUCCGACCGGUAGAUAAAAAGGUCGAAUUUCCUCCAAUUCUUUGCAUUCUGACAUUGGGGUGUCUCCGACGAACAAUAAACACCCAUGAUUCCCAAAUUCAUUGUUUACACCUUUUUUUUUCUCAAACAAUUCUAUUUACAAUCUUCCAGCUUUUCGUCAGAAGAACAGCAAUAUCAAACACCGUUGUCAGGUGAUCAUACGGGAAUUGAUGCAUACGGAAUCACGCGGAAGCGAGAAAAACGGCUGCCGGAAAUCGCGCGCGGGGUGAGGAAGCACGUAACGCCGAUCCUUCGAAUCCUCAGCUUCCCUCGAUUUCUCGCCGCGGGAUCGAUCAGGGCACAUUGUGCAUCGUGUACGUGUAAGGAGAGCAAUUUGUACAACCCACCUUCCUCCCCCUCCACUCGUCAUACCGAAGAUCUCGCCGGCAGCGAUGGAAACAUGAGGACCGUGACAGAUCGUGCAUCCGAUCGACGUAACUCCACUCCUACCGACCAUAAAUGA